CCUAUCGUCUCUGGUGGAAGGCGGACCGACUUUCCAGUACGCGGCUCGUGUGCACGAGGUAAACACGGCUUCUAUGGCAAUUAGAAUGGAAUGAUACGAAGGAAAGUCUUCCAGUCAGCUUCUCGACGAUCAUCAUGUACGGUUUUGUGAAUUACGCCCUCGAGCUGCUGGUUGUGAAGACCUUUGACAGCGAGACGUGGGAGGCGAUAAAGAAAGAUGCGGCUGUUAAUAUGGAUGGACAGUUCUUGGUUCGCCAGAUUUAUGACGAUGAAAUUACAUACAACAUUAUAGCAGCUGCAGUCAAUAGGCUCAACAUUCCAGCCGAUGAGAUCUUGGAGUUGUUCGGUCGGAUGUUCUUCGAGUUCUGCCAAGACUCUGGCUACGACAAGAUCCUCCAGGUGCUGGGAGCGACACCUAGAGAUUUCUUACAGAAUUUGGACGCCCUUCACGAUCAUUUAGGCACUUUGUAUCCUGGAAUGAGGGCGCCCUCUUUCCGUUGCACAGAGAGGCCAGAUGAUGGAGCGCUUAUAUUGCAUUAUUACUCCGAUCGACCUGGUUUGGAGCAUAUCGUCAUUGGUAUCGUUAAGACCGUGGCGAAAAAGCUCCACGGCACGGACGUAGAGAUGCGGAUAUUGAAGACAAAGAACGAGUGCGAUCACGUGCAAUUUCUGAUAACCAACACGUCCGGGCCGGGGGUAGUUUCGAACCCUAUGAUAGCUGAAUUGGAGACUUUAUCUGUUGAACCCAAAGUGAGCCCCAUGACGUUCUGCCGAGUUUUCCCGUUUCAUCUGAUGUUCAACCAGGACCUCACCAUAGUCCAAACUGGUUGCACCAUAACUCGUGUCAUACCCCAAGUGUGCUCUGGUAAUUGCAAACUGAACGACAUUCUUCUGACUGUCAGGCCACAUUUAGAAUUAACGUUCGAGAACAUAUUGUCCCACAUAAACACGGUGUACGUGCUGCGAACGAAGAAGGGAGUGAUGCGCGUUGAUGCUACCGAGGAGUACUCCUGUCUGCGCUUGAAAGGACAAAUGUUGUACAUACCGGAGUCGGAUCUCGUCAUCUUUCUCUGCUACCCCAGCGUUAUGAAUCUCGACGACUUAACCAGGCGGGGCUUGUAUUUGAGCGACGUCCCCCUUCACGAUGCCACCAGAGAUCUCGUUCUGAUGUCGGAGCAAUUCGAGGCUGAUUAUAAAUUAACGAGGAACUUGGAAUUGCUUACCGAUAAAUUGCAGCAGACGUAUCGCGAGCUCGACGGCGAGAAGCAGAAGACCGACAGACUGCUGUACUCGGUGUUGCCCAUUUCCGUGGCGAACGAGCUCAGGCACUCGAGACCGGUGCCAGCGAAGAAAUAUGACUGCGUUACGCUCCUAUUUUCUGGAAUCGUCGGUUUCGGGGCUUACUGUGCCGCUCACACGGACUCCAGCGGCGCCAUGAAGAUCGUCAACAUGCUUAAUCAACUGUACACCGCGUUCGAUGUUCUCACCGACCCCAAGAAGAAUCCCAACGUCUACAAGGUCGAAACUGUUGGUGACAAAUACAUGGCCGUGAGCGGAUUACCAGAACCAUGUCGUUGCCAUGCACGAUGCAUCGCUCGCCUGGCGCUGGAUAUGAUGGAUCUGGCUGCAGACGAAGUGCAGAUCGAUGGCGAGCCUGUGCAAAUCACCAUCGGGAUCCACAGCGGUGAGGUCGUAACCGGAGUAAUUGGCCACCGUAUGCCUCGAUACUGUCUCUUUGGAAACACGGUGAAUCUCACCAGCCGUACGGAGACCACUGGCGAGCCUGGAAAAAUUAACGUCUCCGAGGACGCGUACAGGUACCUCUGCAUGCCUGAGAACCAGGAUCCACAGUUUCUGUUGGAGUACAGAGGUCCCGUGACCAUGAAGGGCAAAUCGGAACCCAUGAACGUUUGGUUCCUGUCCAGAGAAACAGAACUAGUCGCCUAACUUCGUCAACGCUAUGGCGAUUCACCAUCGUAGUAUUAUUGCGACUGUACACUUACACCAUCAAUAUAUUGUGUAGGAGAUAAGAUUUUUACGGUUCUAAAACUCCAUAAACGAUAACACAACCCUUGGGUCGACUUCUUUGCUACUGAAGUUAUUAUGUCAUUCAUAUUUUAAAAAAUUCGGAGAGCGCAAAAUGUUAGCUCUUAAAUUAAUUACAAACUCCUACAGAAUUAUACGUCGUAUACUUGUGGAUUACUGAAGAAUCCUGCGAAGCUUGUUUUUGUUAAAUUUAAAUUAAAUGAAUGUAAUUGUGAAUUAUAACGAUAGGAUUAAAUGAAAAUCGACGGGAUAAUUAUCGCAAUUUUCGAGAAAUGAUACGACAUAAGAUGGAAUUGUUAUUCGGCAACAAUGCGAGCAUGUGGAUUCAAUUUCUCCCAUUCACGUGUCUUGCAGUGGGCCACAAAUCCUCAUUAUCGUCCUCUCAAACCAGAAAUCGCCUACUGUUUGUAUUCCAACACAGUAAUUUACUUCUGGCAAGGCGGCCGAUAAUUGUUGAAUGGAAAAUUUGUUAUCGCAAAUAAUUUACAAUGGUCUGCGUUGAAUGGAGAGUCGAGAAGUCCUCCUAGGCUCUAGCCACGUCCAAACGACUCCUUUCGCGCGAACGUCGACUUCGCAAUGAGUUUACCAAUUGUAAAUGUAAGAAGCAAUCAAAUAUAAGUGUCACCGUGUGUCGCUCGAAGGUA